AUGAUGCGAAGUGGCUCAGACGAGUCAAAACCAUGGGGAAAGCUCGUUCCGGCGAUGGUGGCACAAGGGCAAUAUAAUCAGGCACACACUUCUCACGGUCAGCCUGUCGGUGGAAAGAAUAAGCUGUCGUUCCUGCAUACAAGUGUCCAUUCAUUCUUCCCACUACUGCCGCCGUCCUAUGCAGUGGCACGGGUUCCUGCCAGAGCCUGGGCGCAUCGCUAUUCGACCACGGCGGCCUCUCCUAAUCUCCCUAUUCCGACUCUCCCACAAAUCUCAUCCAUUCCUUCUUCCACCACGGAGUCCUCAGACAUCCAUCGCAGUCAUCUUUCACCGCGGGCGCUUGAAAAACAACCCGCCAGAGAUGCUCCGCCGCCAGUAACAUCCUACGACCGUCAAAUCUCAGAUCCAGACCCAUUAUUAUUGACGUUGCCCACGGCUCGCCCGCCUGUCACCGAGCACGCACCGAUCGACCUGACGCCCUCACGUUCUCUACCCGAGGCGCAGAGCCAGAGGAGAUCUUUUCUCGAAGCUCUGUUAGCCCGGCCGACGAAGAAAGUUAUUCCUCCAGACCACCGUUCUGCCACGUCUCGCAUCCUCAAUCCCAUUAAUUACGUCCCUCGACCCACUCGCGUGCGAGUGCAACCUCAACCUCAGCACCAACAUCACACCUCUACAGACAUUGGCUCUGGCGAAGUCCAUACUCUACUUAGCCUUCCCGAGCAGCGUCGAUCCCGCCAACAUUCCCCUACUGAUCCCAUCGUCGAACAUAGUCCUCAUCUGACACCGCACGCUGGUAGUCGCACCAGCAUCGGCCUCCCUUUCAGUCAUCAACGCGCCGGCGUGCCCGAGUCGUCGGCACAAGGGGUUGGACUGAUGGUUGAUUUGGAGAAACAAGCUGGUGUCGUCAAAGAACCGGAACGGGCACAAAUUCCUACUUCAAAAUACAGUACUCGCGAACGCGACAUUGAACAAGGUACUUCGGUACUGGGCCAGAGUUAUGGUGUCAACCCGCAUGAUCAGCCGCUACAACCGCCUCGGCAUAUAACAUCACAUCGCUCCCUCAGACGGGCACAGUCGGCCGCGUCAAUACACUCUUCUGCUUAUGCUCGAACGAACACGGAUGGAGCUGCGCCGGCAAGUGGUUCGCAGGAAGAGGUUGGACAAGGCUACCCAGGGGUCGAUGAAGGAAGCGUAGGAGAAGAACUUGUCUGGGGUCCAUCACAUCCUUGUUAUCCGCACCUAAAUCCUCACGUUCCCAUCAACUCGCCCGAAUACCGUGCUACACGAAUCAUCCGAAUACGACGAGACUGGAUGGUUGCAGGUGACCUGGCCCCAACGUACUCCAACAUCUAUCCCGAGAUUCUAGAUCCCUUGAUGCAAGAGCAAGAAUUCCGCUAUGUCAUUGAGCAUAUCAAUCAGACACUGUGUCAAGCAUACGACCCUUUCUCCGCAUGGAAUUGGUUCGAUGGGUUCAUGGGUCUCAUAACUGGCUGGUUCUGGGAGGAUUUCCGGCCAAUGGGUCUCAAGGGGCAAUUGACGGCUUUGGAAGAGUGGUUUGAAGACUGGAACCAUACCGUCGGCGCUAGAGAUGGAGUGAAACUCAUUCCUCUUCGACGGACCGGGUAUAUGAACCUCGACAUACAGAUUCCCGACCCACAAGUGAGAGUGGUGGCUGACGGAGACGGCGAGUCUCAACAGCCAUCGCCGCCUACUGCACAGCCUCCGGACGCAGGUGGUCGCCAAACGCCGCCGUGAACAGACCCCUGCAAGGCAUCUUUCUAAUUCUUGUGUGUCUGUGAUUGCCCUGGUUACGAAGGUUUCAAUUUUCCGGGACUGGCUACCUUCCCAGUCUUCGUCAAAAAUAUUGGAUUGUGGCGUGGUUCGGGCAUCUGAGCGUUUCAGCACGGCGUUAAAAGAAGGAGAAGAGGCAGCCGUCGGCGCCAUAAAAAGCAGUUGGCUGCAUAAAACAAGGGACUAUGGUCACCAUUGUCUUCACUCGUUGGGUUCCAGGAUUUCGUGUCUCCGGAGGGCUUGCUAAAGAGUACCGGUAGACACGGUGAGAGGAAAGUACCAGAAGGUUCAGAGUCAUACAAAAAGGGUCGACAACGAGGGCGAUUAUCGCACGCCUGCCUCGACAUCUCACUCGGCCCGCAGGUUUCUAUCAUCAUAAUAACAGCUCCUUUGUUCGUUUGACACGUGCGUCUGACAAUAUGGCUCUGUCACUUAGUUCUUGUCUUCCUUACGAACCAUUGAGCCCGACUUCUCUAUGCGUGCUAUAUCUCACCCUCAC